CCGAAGUUCCGCGCGAAGCAGAUCCACGAGUGGAUCUACGACAAGGGCGUCCACGACUUCGACGCGAUGUCGAAUUUGCCGAAGAAGUUCCGCGACGACCUGAAGGCGCGCGGCGCGACGGUCGGCGGGACGAUCGCGAAGCUGCGCGUCGAGCAGGUGUCGCAGCGCGACGGCACGAUCAAGCGCGCGUACGAGUUCCGCGACGGGUCCGUCGUCGAGUCCGUGCUCAUGCCCUACGAGGACGGGCGGCGGACCGCGUGCAUCUCGAGCCAGGCGGGCUGCGGCAUGGGCUGCACGUUCUGCGCCACGGGCCAGAUGGGCCUGACGCGCCACCUCACCGCGGCGGAGAUCUUCGAGCAGGCCGCGCGGUUCUCGCGGGAGCUGAGCGCCCGGGGCGAGCGGCUGUCGAACGUCGUCUUCAUGGGCAUGGGCGAGCCCCUGGCGAACUACAAGAACGUCAUGGCCGCGGCGCGGCGCAUCAACGACGAGCUGGGCGUCGGCGCGCGCCACAUCACCAUCAGCACCGUGGGCCUCGCGCGGGGCAUCGGCAAGCUCGCGGAGGACCCGCUCCAGGUGACGCUCGCCGUGUCGCUGCACCAGGCGACGGACGCGGCGCGGUCCGCGAUCAUGCCCGUCAACGACCGCUACGACCUCGAGACGCUCCUGGGCGCCGUCCGCGACUACCAGGCCGCGACGAGAAGGCGCGUGACCUUCGAGUGGGCGGCCAUCGCGGGCGAGAACGACGACGUCGACGCGGCGCGGACCUUGGGCGCGCUCCUGAAGAAGCACGGCAUCCGCGACGCGCACGUCAACGUCAUCCCGCUGAACCCGACGAAGGGCUACGGCGGCAAGCGCGCGAAGAACGGCGCCGUGGACCGCUUCUGCAAGACCCUCGAGGCCGAGUUCGGCGUCUCCGCGACGCCGCGCGUGCGCCGGGGCAUCGACAUCGACGCGGGCUGCGGCCAGCUG